AUGUCUACCUUCUACGAUCUCAAGGCCGAGCUGCCUGGCGGGAAGACAUACGACUUUAGCGAGCUGCGCGGCAAAGUUGUCCUCAUCGUUAAUGUCGCGUCCAAAUGUGGGUUCACCCCACAAUACAAAGGCCUCCAGACACUGUACGAGAAGCACAAGGACCAGGGCUUUGUCAUCCUCGGCUUCCCCUGCAACCAGUUCGGUGGCCAAGAGCCCGAGAACGAUGAGGCGAUCGGCCAAUUCUGCCAGCUGAACCACGGCGUAUCGUUCCCGUUGAUGAAAAAGUCGGACGUGAACGGCGACGGCGCCAACGACGUAUACAAGUACCUCAAGACCCAGAAGGCGGGAUUGUUGGGUCUCACAAGGAUAAAGUGGAACUUUGAAAAGUUCCUGAUUGACAAGAACGGGAACGUCGUGCAGCGCUGGGCGUCGACGACGUCGCCCGACGCGAUCGACGCUGAGGUCGCGAAGUUAUUGUGA